GCUCUCGAUGAUGAUAUCCCAGAAGAAAAGCAACACUAUCAAUUUCAACUUGCUAGUAUUAGUGAUGGCGGAAUCAUAGAUGAGGCUGCCAAAACAGCAAAUAUCACUAUGGCUGCUAGUGAUUUGCCGUAUGGACAGUUCGCAUUUUCUCAAGAAGUACUGCAAAUGACAGAAAAAGAAAAAUGGGCUAACAUCACAGUUGUCCGUUCUCAUGGAUAUUACAAGCAAAUUCAUCUUUUGUAUAAGACACUGAACGGUACUGCAGUGGAAGGCUCAGACUUUGGUGUGACUUCAGGAGAGCUUAUUUUCAAACCCACUGAAACUGUUAAAAUCAUUUAUGUUGAAAUCUAUGAUGAUGAUCUUCCGGAAGGUCCUGAGGAUUUUUCAAUAGUAAUUACAAAAGUGGAAUUACUGGGAAGUGAAUUUGAUUUUACAAUAAAAGAAAAUGGAUUGCAAGUUGACCAGCCCCCUGAGAUAGGAAAUGUUUCAGUAAUAAGAAUCAUUAUAUCAAAAAGUGACAAUGCAGAAGGCAUCAUUGAAUUUGAUCCCUCCUAUACAAGUCUAGAAGUGGAAGAAGAUGUUGGGAGGAUAAUGAUUCCAGUAUUUCGAAGGCUAGGGAAUUAUGGUUUUGUGACAGCAGAUUUCAUAUCUAGAAGUAUUUCAGCUCUUCCUGAUGGUGUUGACUAUAAUAUUACAAAUAAUUCAGUUGUUUUUCAUCAUGGCCAAACUCAGAGUUUUAUCAGUAUCUUAAUCAUGGAUGAUGAAGAAAGAGAAUAUGCUGAGCAGUUUGAAAUCCAGCUAAUAGGUGCCAGUGGGGGAGCGGUCCUUGGACUUCACCUGGUUACCCAAAUAACGAUUACUAAGAAUGACUCUCCACAUGGGAUUGUCCGUUUCCUCAAUGAAAGCCAAAUCAUUCUCCCCAAUCCUAACAUCUCAUUAGCACUAUCCUUGGUACUUGAAAGAACUGGAGAAUUGAUAGGAGAGUCUCAGAUUAAUUGGGACAUUUUAGGACCGAAUUCAGAGGUAAUUUUACCUCCUCGGAAUAGUGACAUUGGUGACCCAGUAAAUGGAUCAUUUUAUUUUGCGGAAACAGAAGGCGGUUUGCGAUAUAUCAUCUUGGAAAUUUAUCCUCAUGAAGAAGUUGAAGUUCAAGAGACCUACAUUAUUAGGUUGUGUGUUGUAAGGGGAGAAACAGAACUAGAUCCCAAGGCUGCCAAUGUAACAGUAAAAAUUUUAAAGUUUGGUGAUCCCAAUGGGAUUGUGCAGUUUGUUCCUGAAUCCUUAUCUCCAAAGCAUUUUGAGGAACCAUCAACAUCUGAAGGUCCAUUAAGUAUUGUACUUUCCAUAAAGCGAAUUCAAGGCAUUAUGGGGAACAUCACGAUUUACUGGAAAUUAAGUAGUGAUUCCGAUACUACCAAUGAUUUCAUAACUACGAGCGGUUCUGUUCUAAUUCCUGAUCUACAAAGGACAUCAGACAUUGUGAUUUCCUUGUUGCCUGAUGAUGUUCCUGAAGUAGAUGAGCUUUAUGAGGUGCAGCUUACUUCAGUGGAAGGAGGAGCUGAUUUGGAUCUGGAGAAAAGCAUUUCUAGAUUCACUGUGGUUGCAAAUGAUGAUCCAUAUGGUGUAUUUGCCUUGUAUGGUGAAAAACAGUCAGUACUGGUGAAGAAAGAUCUCAGCCGGCACAUCCAGAUUAAUAUUUCUCGGCAUGCAGGGACUUUUGCAGAUGUAAUUGUAGAGUACCAAAUUUCAUCUUUCGAUGAAGAAAAAGUAGUCACACCAGCCAACACAGUGGGACAGCUAUACAUUAAAGCAGGUUCCAGUUUUGGAUUGAAAACAGUGCCAAUAUGCACCCAGGUAUUUAUUUCCUUUGGCAUGAAUUUGACGCUGGAACUGAUCAAUGUAACGUUAGUUAAUAUUAGUGCCAAUAUUGUGCCUAAAAUAUUAGAGACAGCCAGGUUGGUCUCUUUUCCAGUUCCCAGAGAAGCUGCCAAUUCUCAGGUUGCCUUUGAUUCUGUUAUCUUACGACUUAUAAAUAUUACAGCAGGAACAACGGAAGCUCUUAUAAUUCGUAAAGGAAUAUAUGGCUCCAUUACAGUAAUUUGGAGUUCUGGAUAUCCACCAGGUCUUAUUCCAAUGUUCCUUCACCAAGGCAAUAUUAUACCACCUUCUGGCACAGUUACUUUUUCCCAUGGUGAACAAAACAAAACAAUUUUAUUGCAAGUCAUUCCAAAUGCAAGCAGUCCUGAGGUGUUUGCUGUACAUCUGGCAGCUGUGCAGAGUAACGCAUCUGGUGGGGCUCGUCUGAGAUCAGAUUUCCUUAUUGCUGAGAUUGAGCCAAUGGGAGUCUUUCAGUUUGCUCCUAGCUCAAGGAACAUUUUAGUGAGGGAAGAUGUACAAACAGUCAGAUUAUAUGUACAGAGACUGUUUGGUUACCAAAGCAACCUCACAAAGGUGUUCUAUCAGACCACUGCAGGAAGUGCCAAAUCACUAGAAGACUUUGAACCUGCUCAUGAUGGAGAACUUGUUUUUGGAUUCCUUGAGAUUAACACUAUAUUGGAAAUCUUGAUAAUUGAUGACAGCAUUUCAGAAGAGGAUGAAAUAUUUUUUGUGAAUUUAACAUCUGUGAAUGUUUUAGAUAUCCAGAAAUUUAAUCCAACCUGGAAUCCACGUCUGAAUCCAGAAUUUAGCAUUGCAUCUGUUACCGUACUGGCCAGUGAUAUCCACUAUGGAAUUUUAAGUCUUGAACCAACUAUGAUUUACACUGAAGAAGACAGCAGAAACAUUACUUCCAGCACUGUUCUGAUUCAUAUCAGAAGGACUCAGGGGUUUGUGGGAAAUAUCUCAGUAAAUAUAAAAACAUUUGGGGGAAUAAAUGCUCAAAGUGGGGCAGAUACAUUCCCUUUUGAAAUUGUCCCUGUGGUUUCUAAUCUUACCUGGGCAGUCGAAGGGACAGACUUUGAAGAGAUGGCUCUGUCUGUCACAUUAUUGGAUGGGGAAAGAGAAAGCAAAGUAUCUGUCAGAAUUCUUGAUGAUGAUGAACCUGAAGGGGAAGAAUUUUUUUAUGUUGUCCUCUCUGAACCUCAAGGUGGAGCUCAGAUUACAAAAAGCAUGGAUGAAUAUGGGCUUAAAGGUUUUACCACAAUAAUUAUCAAAGGAAAUGAUCUUCAGAAUGGAAUUCUGGGAUUCAGUGAAGAAGCACAACAUGGCCUUGUGCUUGAUGAAGAUUCAGAAAAGAGGAAAAUAGAACUCAUUGUCACGCGACAGCCAAACAGGGCUUUUGAAGAUGUGAAAGUGUCUUGGCGUGUGACUUUUAAUCGAACAUCAGUUGUCCUGCAGACUAAUGGCACCGAUCUGGCAAAAGAACUGAUAGCUGUCAUAGGGAUUACCACUUGUAACGCUGGCCAAAUACAAUGCAUGGUUUAUAUUGAGAUCCGGCCUGAUAAUGUUGCUGAAUCUGAGACCUGUUUUUUUGUGGAACUCUAUGAAGUGGGAGAAGGAGCAGCUUUAAACAAGAGUGCCAGAUUUGCACACAUUAUAGUUCCAGAGAGUGAUUCUGCUCAGAAGGAUCUCAUCUCCUUUGCUGUGGGGUCUCGUCUGGCCGUGGCCCAUAUGAAGACCACUUCAAUUAGUCUCCAAGUGGUUAGAGAUUCUAGCACAGCACUUGCUAUCUCAGUUGGCUACAGAACUCAGGAGCUGUUGAGACCUGAAGCUCUUGGUCAUGUAAUCAUAUCACCUGCCAUUUCUGGACAAGAUUUUAUUGCAUCUGAAGGAAUGUUGUCUUUUGAAUCUGGACAGAGAAAUGCUCUUCUGAGUAUAACACUCAUCCCAAAGACUGGAUAUCUGAAUCUGUUUCCUAAACGUUUCCAAGUUAUGCUGUUCAAUCCUACAGGAGGUGCCAGAGUUGAUAGCAUCUAUGGUAUCGCCAACAUCACCAUUGUCUCUGAUUCAAACUCCCAAGCACUCUGGAGUCUUACAGAUCAGUUGUUCCAACCACUUGAUGAUACUAUUUUGAACACAAUCCUCCAGCAUUUAAAUAUCAAAGUAGUCACAGAAAGUACAGAAGAGCAACUUGCUGCUAUGAUGUAUAUCAUAGAUAAGGUAAUAUCUGAAGGAGAAAUACAGGGACUCACUGAUCAAAACAGAAAUCUUUUGUAUGAAAUCCUCUGUGCACUUGCUAACCCCAAACGCAAGGAUACUCGAGGCUACAGCUUCCUUGCUGAUAUUACUGAGAAAUUUGCUUUUUCUCUUCUUGUUGGUGUAAUGUGUGGCUCACAGGGUGAAAGAGGUAAAACCAUUCUUGACCAUUGCCCUUAUAUUGAAAUCACGUCCCAUCACUGGUAUCCACAACAAAUCAAUGGACAUAGAUUUGAUGGAAAAGAUGGGGAUUUCAUUAGAGUUCCUGACCAUUUGUUGGAAGUUCCUACUUCAUCUCAUUCUAAUGAUGCAACCUGUAGGUUCAUUCAAGUCACUGAAUAUAGUAGCCAGCAAUGGUUUAUAGCGGAUGGUAGAGGAAUUGCCCUAAAAAAUAAGGUUUUUUCAAUGAGCUUGCAGGGACAGAGUCCAGUUCAGCUAAAAGAUAAUAAUGAGGUCAUCUACCGGAUUUAUUCAACAGACAGCCAUAUCAUUCCUCAUAAGUCUUUGUGUCUUCUUUGGAAUCAGGUUGCUGAAAGCUGGCUGUCUAAUACUCAAUUCUGUAAGCUGAUGGAUGAUUCGUCCGAUUACGUGGAAUGCUCGUGUUCACACAUGUCAGUUUAUGCAGCCAGUGCACAGACAGACAGCUUCUCUUCUUACAAUGAAGCUUUCUUUUCUUCUGGUUUCAUCUGUAUUUCUGGCUUCAUCUUGGCUAUAUUUUCAUACCUCUUAUGUACGAGAACAUCAAUGUUUGCUGCUAAACUCCUUACUCAUAUGAUGGUUGCAUGUUUGGGUACUCAGAUAUCAUUUCUGGCUUCAGCUUACACAAGUCAGCAGCUCUCCGAAGAAAGUUGCUCCACUUUGGGUUCAGUCACCCACUACCUCUACCUUUGUCAGUUCAGCUGGAUGCUUAUUCAGGCUGUUAAUUUCUGGUAUAUCCUGGUGAUGAAUGAUGAACACACAGAACGGCGUUAUCUAAUUUUUUUUCUUCUGGGUUGGGGUCUUCCAGCCCUUGUUGUGAUACUAUUACUAAUUAUCCUGCGAGGAAUCUAUCAUCAUAACCUACCACAGAUUUAUGGCCUGAUUUACAAUGAUCUGUGCUUCAUUCCAAAUAUUUACGCAGCCCUUUUUACUGCUGCCCUGGUACCACUAGUAUGCCUGGUGGUAGUAUUUGUGGUAUUCAUCCACGUUUAUCAAGUGACACCUCAGUGGAAAGCUUAUGAUGAUGUAUUUAGAGGAAGAACCAAUGCAGCAGAGAUCCCAUUGGUUUUAUACUUAUUUGCCCUGAUUUCUAUGACAUGGCUAUGGGGAGGACUGCACAUGGCUUACAGGCAUCUAUGGAUGCUGGUCUUCUUCGUCAUUUUCAACAGUCUACAAGGACUUUAUGUCUUUGUGGUAUAUUUCAUUUUACAUAAUCAGCUCUGCUGCCCUGUAAAAGCAAGCUAUACAGUUGAAAUGAAUGGAAAUACUAGCUCUGGUUCUGCAUUUUUCACUCCUGGGAGUGGCAUGCCCCUGGCAGGGGAAGAGAUCAGCAAAUCUACUCAAAAUCUUAUUGCCGCUAUGGAAGAGAUGCCAGCAGACUGGGAGAGAGCAUCCCUGAGAACAGGCAGCCAGGCCAGGGCUGUCUUUACGCAAAGCCCACAGAAUGGCAGUGCCUACAUAGCUGCUGGAGGAUUCAGGAACAGCUCUUUGGUGGCAGAUGAAGAAUCACAAGAGUUUGAUGAUUUAAUAUUUGCUUUAAAAACCGGUGCUGGCCUCAACAUCAGUGACACUGAGUCCUGUCAUGGCAGCCACGAUGGAAGCACAAUAGUUAAUUCCCAAAUUGUUGAACUUAGAAGAAUACCUAUAGCAGACACUCAUCUCUAAUCGUUUUACUUUUUUAACAUGCUAUAUUCCAUUCUGUUUUUUAUACCUGUGUUUUCUUUGAACAACAACAACAAAAUCUCUCUAUAUAUAGCUAUGUAACAGAAUGCUGUGAAUUAUACGAUUGAAGAAUUAACAAGUUUUGUUUUUUAAAUGAAGGAAAUAACCUUGUAAUUUUUUACAGUAAGUAUCAAUAACUCAUGUUUAAACCAUUAAUUUAGAUUAACCUAUUCUAUCAAGUCAACUAAUUUUUAAAAAUUAACUCCUAUGUGUAUGUCUGUUUUAAUAAAAAUUGAUAUAGUCAAUCUGAUGGUGAUUGCGUGUUUAUCUGCGUGCAAUUGACCAGGAAAGAUACUAUGGUUAUUGACCUGCAAUUUAUUUUAUUCCCCUAGACAUUUUUCAAAGUGCACUGCCUAUUUUUUCUUUUUUCUUUUUUUUCCCUUUGGC